AUGAUCAUCGGGGAGGAGCCCGACGAGUCUACCCGGCUGCGCCGCCUCGUGCAGGACGGCUCGGAGGAGGUGGGCCGGUUGACGCAGCAGCUGGACGAGACGUCGCGCACGGUGCACGUGCUGCGCGCCGAGCUGCGCGUGGCGCUGGAGGCGAUGCAGGACCAGCGGCGCGAGGCCGACCUCCGGCUGAUCUCUUCCUCGGACAGCAGGCUGCACGAGCUGGGAAGCAUCGAGCGGUGCAAAAAGGAGCUUCAGGCGCUGGCCGCCAGAUGGCAGACGCGAGCCGAGGCCAGCGAACGUGGCCGCCGCCAGAGGGAGGUCGAGCUGCAGCAGGAGCGGACGCGGCGCGUCGAGCUGGAGGACUCCCUGCUAGAGGCGUCAGCGUGCAUGCGGGAGAUCCAGCAGCGGCUGGAGCGGCACGACCAAUACUCUACCUGGGCCAAGUUGAACCAGAGCCUGCAGCUCAAGCAGGUGGAAUCGGUCAUGCUGGCGCUCCUAAAGGUGACGUCACAGUCGGCCCGCGAGGUGGCACCACCGACGGGCGCCGUCUGGUCCGGCUCGUGCGGUGGUUCGCUGGACUCGUGCUCGUCAGCGGAGCUGGGAUCGGAAGCGUCCCUGGCCACCACCGAGCCGGAGCGACGCCGGCAGGACUCGCCGGACGCUGAGUGCAGCGACACGAGCACCGGCAUCAGCGCUGACGAGGGCCAGCAUCAGCGCUGAUGACGAACGACAUCAGUGCUGACCGCCCCUGGCGGGCCGUGA